UCUCGAAAGAUUUAAGUCUCAAAAUAAACACGACCGAGGGAUUUUCCUUGCAAAGAACGAAAAAGAACUGAAAAUUGGUUAAAAUUACGGAAUAAUCUAGGUAAGUCGCGCGCUGUGUUACACGUUUUGUCUUAAAAAGUAUAGAGUGCCGUUUAAUUGUGUGAAAUGAGUCAAAAUUUCAGACGGAUUUGUUCGCGGGAACUCUGGCACCAGUCACACAAAGUAUACUAAUAAAAACAAGCUUUAUAUCUUCUAUUUAUUUUGUACUAUAGAAAGUUAGAGUCGGUCUCAUAUUUCUGUCAAUAUUAAUAGUUAAUUCUUGAAGUAAAAUCCGAUACAAAAAUCCGAACAUUUUCCUUUCAUGAUCGAGAAAUUAAAAGGUCAUUAUAAUUAACAUGUGAUCAUCUGAAGUGUCCAACCUGUUCAUAUAUGUAUUUUCCUUACCGGAAAAUAAUGAAAAACUACGAUAUUUCAAACGCCCUAUAUCGGCCAAGAAACUUAUAGAACAUAAUAGUCAGCAGAACGAUUGUUGGCAAGGUUUGUAUUAGAAAUAUCUUAAAAAGAUUAAAAACAGUUCUAGCGAUGUUGAGUGUCAGGAGAAUGAUUUUGGUACUUACGUCCGGACCAAGAAGGAGAAACGUCUUCGCUCCGAAUAUUAAGGUGUUUUUAAGUUUUCGGAUAAUUCAUACAGACUCAAACCACGGCAGAUUAUUGUAAAUUUAUUGUCUAACAGCAGCGGUACAACUACCUAAUAAAUUAGAAACAUAAAUUUGAUGUUUCGAGUGAAGGCCUUAAUAACUUCCCAAUCGACGGAGGGCCUUCUCUUGAAACGUUGAAAUUCUGUUUAUAUUUUUUAGGCAGUUGUGUCUCCUGUUUGUAGUAUCAUCGCUACCUAUACACUAGUACAGACGUUUCGAGAAUUUACUCUGCCUACACUGGACGGCCAUAUUUUGAAAUAUUUUAACUGAGAUAUAACUGAAAAUACCUGGUGCAUAUAUAGAUCCCAAAGUCGGAUCGGAAAACUGCAGCAUAUAGUUUGAAGUUCUGAUAGCUUUGUGCUUCUUUGUAAUGAAUAAUCUGUAUCGUCUUAAUUUCUAAAGGUCGACAGAAAAAGGAAAUGACGAUAGCUGUUUUGCUUCUUAGCCUCUGGGCAAUAACAGGUCAGUAUAUGCGCAUAAAAAUGAAAUACAAAUAAAAUUUAGUUUAGUUUAGGUUUCCUCCUGCAGUAACACUGAAUAAGAAAUGAGUCUUACUGGACCUCCAGGGAGAACAGUUUAGAACUGAUAGAGCUAUCCACUAUAAAUAAAGUUAGUUUAGUUUAGCUUUCCUCCUGCAGUAACACUGAAUAAUGACUCUUACUGGACCUCCAGGGAGAACAGUUUAGAACAGAUAGAGCUAUCCACUAUAAAUAAAGUUAGUUUAGUUUAGCUUUCCUCCUGCAGUAAGACUGAAUAAUGACUCUUACUGGACCUCCAGGGAGAACAGUUUAGAACUGAUAGAGCUACCACUAUAAAUAAAGUUAGUCUAGUUUAGCUUUCCUCCCGGUAACACUAGAUUAAUAAGAGAUGAUCCUUACAGGACCUCUAUGGAAAACAGUUUAGAACUAAUAAAGCUAUAUCCGGUAAAAAUAAAGGUCGUUUAGUUCAGGUUUCCGCCUGUAAUAGUGACGUACACCAAUUACUAGCUAUACCAUUCUAUUUUCUUCAGCAACGAAAGCUGGUCCCAUAGCUGCGCCAGCGGCACCAGCCGCGCCAGUUGUCCCCGCCCCUCCUGCCCCUCCCGCAGCUCCCGCAACCCCAGCUACAACACCGGCAGCAACCAAGGCGCCAGUUGUAGCUCCAGCUGAUCUCGUCGGUAAGUGUGGAGUGAUAUUUCACAACAUUAACGCAUGACUACUAAGACCAGAAUUCCUCGCGGGCAUCAAGCCUUGUGACGUCAUUAUGCAUAAGGUCUAUCAUAACAUGAAUUCAAGACAGAAUAAUCGGGGUAAAGACCUACCUAAAAUGAUCACGUUUUGUGAUUGGCUUUCAGAAACAAACUCAGAAACAAAAACGAUCGUUCUUUAGAAAGACGAUUUCUAUAGUUUUAUUGUUUUUCAUUGUUAUAAUCAACCAACCACGAGCCUGGAUAGCAUAGGUAGAUGAUGACCCAAUAAUCGUAGUGUAUUGCUAAAUAAACUUUGCAAUAAUUAAUUUAGAAGCUUUCUAAUCGAACUGUCUUUCCAGAUCCGUGGAACAAUUUCUCCUUUCGAUCACAACUUCAUAAUUGCCUCUGCACAAUUUUUUCAUUGAUAUUAUUAAUAAGUACUAUAGCGUAGUUUCUCGUGCAAUUUGGAAAAACCAACACCAUGCCCGUAACUAGGAUUUUAGAUUUACCGAGUCGAGUCGUCGGGGCAUACUAGAAAAUGUUUGAUUUUCUAAGGCUUAGAAACGCUAUUCCUUCAUUCUGGGAGCAAGGCCAAUAAAAAAUCAGUAAUGAUAAACAGUGUCAGUGACACAAUAACUAUAAUUUCAUAGUGUCUCAUGCACAAUUUUACUACAAGUAUCCAAUCAUAAGAAUUCAAGUACUCUUGGUCCAACAUGAUCAGGUGCAUAAAAAAAGUGCUUGUGGUAAUAUUUGGGACGCUAAUUCGUACUUCUACCCUUCAUCAGAAAUUGAAUAAAUUUCAUUCAGGAUCUAUUCUCUCUAAACUUGAAAUCUUUCUGUUUUGAAUUUUUUCACAAAAAGUCUUACCGAGUCAACUGACUCGUUGACUGACUCGGUUGACUCAUAGCUAGUUGCGGGCUUGAACACACGUUAGUUUUCGAAUUGGCAAUUCCAGCUGUUAAUUUAUGUGCGCAUGGGGUGGCCGGAAGUAAUUAAGGUAUCAUAUUGCUGAUUACGCUGAAAAAUUUCAAUAAAAACUGCCGAAACAACCGAAAUAUUUCAAUAUUUACAAGUAUUAGCCAUCACUCCGUGUCUACACGGCCGCCAUUCAGUUAUAUUUUUUCAGCAUAAUCAGCAAUAUGAUAUGAUACCUUACUUCCCAUCCUCCCCUCAGUCCCCCGCACGCAUAAACUAAAAGCUGGAAUUGCCUAUUCGGCAGUAAAAUAAUCAUUGCUAUAUUUCUUCUCAGCUUCAAAAUACAAAGUUUCCUUCAAGUUAGCAAACGUGAAAUAUGAUGAGGGUCUAUUAUCGUACGACAGUGCUGUUUAUCAAGCCUACGCAGGAAAAAUUGAAAAAGCGGUAAGAGAUUCUAAUUACCUCUAUUCAUUCAAUAUCUUUUCCAGGGGCGCCGGAAGCAACAUGAAGCGGCAAGGGAAGCCCAGGGGCGAAACUUGAGGGAGGUAUAGGGGGGGUAUCCCCCAAGAUACGAAUCAUCCCGAUUGGCAGGGCAAUUAUGAGUACAAUUUUAAGUGAUAGAAUGUAAAGUUAUUAAGUAACUUAUGGAAUGUAGACUAGAUUAUUACAGCUAGCAAACAACAAGCAGUUCGUAUGCAUGUACAUUGGCAUCGGCAGUUCAAUUAUACACGUAGCUUAGUGAUGUAUUGUCAGGGCAUCAUUGGUUUUGGCAGGGAAAUUCUGCCAGACACCCCCCUAAUUAAAAGGGGCCACUUUCGCCCCCUUGGGAAGCCAUUUAAAAAGGGCACUUACUUCUGAGAUAUAAGCCCCGCUUACACUACGCUCGAUUUUUGGUACGGCACGGAUAAAAUUGGUACCCGUACCACUUUUUUGUUCUUGGAUUACCUAUUUAGGUAGUCCAAGAACCAAAAAGUGGUACGGUACCAAAAAUUGAGCGUAGUGUAAACGGGGCUUAGCUAAAUAGAUAGUCCAAGAACCAAAAAAAGUUGUACGGGUACCAAUUUUAUCCGUGCCGUACCAAAAAUUGAGCGUAGUGUAAACGGGGCUAUAAUCUAUUCUUGAACUGUGCCAAUGUGUUGUGCCAAUAAUAUUUAAAACAAGCUUUCGUUAGUAGGGACGCAACUACCUGAAAAAUAUAAGGAGAAUUUCGACAUUUCGAGCGAAGAUCCUUCGUCUGGGGUAGGUAGCCUACUUACUACUUACUCCAGACAAAGGGCCUUCGCUCGAAACGUCGAAAUUCUCCUUAUAUUUUUUUCAGGUAGUUACGUCCCUACCAUAGAUAUCUUAUAUACACUAGAUAGCGCAUCUUUUUUAGUAAAAUUGAAGCCAAAAAUAUCCCAGCGGUUACCCCCAUUUGAAUGGAUGGCGGCCAUGUUGGUCGUUCCCACUUGCUAAUAAACGCUUAAAAACAACAAUAACUUUCAUCAUUUGAAUAGUUUAAAACGUAUUUGGAAUAGGGUUAACUUAAUGUUACAGUUCCCUGUUUAAGAAACAGAAAACAUACGAAUCUUCUCAUUUCAUGGGAACGACCUGAGACUGCAAUCACGGCUUCAAUUUUUGAAUUGCAGAAUAAUUAGAUGCACUAUCUAGUGUAUAUAAGAUAUCUAUGGUCCCUACCAACGAAAGUUUGUUAAUACACUUGAGCCUGUAUAAUCAAUCAACUUAAUAUAAAUUAUCCUUUAUUAGAUUAUGAACUUAUAUGCUGAUGAUAAUGCUUAUAGAGAAAUGAAAAUGAUUGGAUUUAGGUAAGAUAUUAUUACUGCUCCAAACAGGGACGUCGGAACUGGGGGCAGGAGGGGCAGCCGCCCCCGUUGCCCUUUACCAGGAGGGGCAAGGGGGGCAAAGGUGCCCUUUCAAUUUAAAGGAUUGCCUUGGCGAAAUAGAGAAUUGACAGAAAUGUUAGUGCAAUUCUUUUACGAAUUUGCUUCAGAAAACGCAAGAAAUGCAGUCAUCGAGCUUCAAGAAUAGCACAAUCGCCUGGCGGAGAACCCCCUCACACCCCUAUCAUCCAAUAAAUAGAAAAAAUGAUUAGGCAAAGUUUAACUCCCGAUGUUUUGCAAACAUCAGGCUUAGUAUAUAUCAAUUCAAAAGUGCCCUUUCACGAAAAUCUGCCCCUCUUGCCUUCACAUCGUUCCGGCGUUCCUGGCUCCAAAUAGAAUCAUGUGAAUUCAUGAUUCAAGAUUUGGGCAUCUUACUCGAUAAAAAUGUUUAUGUAAGAGAUGGAAAUUACGAGUGUAAAUUAUAUCCAUUCUUCAGGAACGAAAGUGGGGUUAUCGCUGAUAUUACUCUACGAUUUGGAAAUGACAGUAAAAAUCUUGUUAGCCUUGAUAGUAUGGUUAAACUUGGAGCACUAGGGACACUUCCAGUCGACCCUGCUUCAUUAAAAGCUGGUAAGUUGGAGAUAUUGUUCAUUACUCUACUAAGUAAAUUUUAACAUAUAUUUGCAUUACGCGCGGGAAAAAUAACCAUUUUUGGGCCGAAAGUCGUUAUUUUUACAGCGCGAAUACAAAUACAUACAUGAUUUGCGAACUUCACAGGGCUAUCAGUUUUCUUCAUUUUACAACAUUUAGCAACCAAUCUUUGCAGUUUUACACAUUCUAAAAUGCUCUUUCUAGCUGUGGUGUUGGAUUUCGUACUUCUUGCCUUGAUCAAAAUUUAGUGUAUAGCUGGAAUCACCCACUGAUACCAUGUUUCUUUUAUCUUUCAGAAAAGGACGAAUCAGUACCACCAAUGGCCAUGGGUUAUGGUUGUGGCCAACCAUGUGGUGUCCAACAGCAAUCGCCCUGUUGUGGUGGAAGUAGCUCCUUCAUGCAGCCUCCUAUGAUGGGACAACAACAAUAUGGCGCCCCUAUGCCACCCAUGGGAGGCUUGCCUGGAAUGCCAAUGCCUGGGAUGCCAAUGGCUGGACCCCAAAUGCCUUUCCCGCCGACAGGACAGGGCAUGCAGAUGGGUGGGGCAGGGCAGUGCCCUGGUCAGUGUCCAGGCUCCUGUGCGCCAUCCUGCCAACAAUCGUGCUGUGGAGGCGGUGCAGGGCAGGUGAGCCCACCGAUGAUGGGCUAAAGACAAGAUCUUUACAGCGCAUGACGGAAAAGAACUGAUUACCGAUACACGAACACCAAACUUUGCAAAUUAUCAUCGAAGCAUAAAUCGAUAUAUCUUCGUGAAUAGACAAUGAAUAAUAUCCAGAAUAAGUAAAAUAGACUGUCCUUUUUCAAUAUGAUUAAUUCCAUUAAGCAGUUUCUACUAGGCUAAUAUUCCUCCUGAGUUUCAUAUGUAUAAUACUUAUAACAAUACCUUUACUAAUAAGUAUAAAUAAAUCUCGGUUUCUGAGGUUUCUUAUACAUGUAUAUUGUGA